GCUGACUUUUCUUUAAAUGCAUUUUAAAUUAUAAGAGUGUAUUACAGGUUGUGGUGUUUGUAUACUAAUCCAGCACAAUGAAUUCUUCCUGUUUAUUCUUUAUUUUUGUGCUUUCUGUUCCAUUAGGUAUAGGAUUGAAGUGUUUGAAAUGCCCCUUUACAGUUUUCAACAUUCCUUGCAUCACCAGCACUGUGACCUGUAAUGCCAAUGAGACCUGUGCAACAAUCCAUGGACAAGCAUCUGGCCAUGAGUUAAUCAUGCAGAAAGGAUGCAUCUCCAACACUCUGUGCAACACUGUGUCCUCUGACAUAUUCCUGGGUGUGAAUUAUACCACCAGCUACACCUGCUGUUCUGGAGACUUCUGUAAUAGUGCAAUUCAGACAAAGCUCUCUCUCCUAUGUGCACUAACUGUUCUAGCCAGCUGUCUGCAAACCUUCCUGUAGAGGGCAAAACUACCUCAUGUGGAUUUGAAGAGCAUAGUCUUAAUUUUUUUAUAAUAAAGCUGUUUUUCUAAAUA